CGCAGAAGGGGACAGGGUGGGCGCCACGGGAACAUGAAGGAGCCGCACACUCUGAAGUCGGCCCAGCCGGCGGGCUGCUUUAGCCGCUGAGGCGGCGGCGAAGUCGUGGUCGUCGCUGAGGGCGAGAGGCGCGGCGGCGGCGAAAAGGACGAAAGUUUCCCUUAAGUGGGAAGCAGGAGGACCAUGCGGGUUCCCGAGUGGCUAGCGGGGCUACUGAACCUCCUCUCCCUUCUCGUCGCCAAGACGUGGGAAGUCCGCCUGCACCCCAAGCAAGAGAUUUUGGUGAAGCAACUAUCAUCUUAUGAAAUAGUGACACCUAUGCGAGUGAAUGAAUUUGGAGAAGCUUUUCCUCACAUGCACCACUUCAAAAGAAGGAAAAGGAGUAUGGAGGCACUAGUAGAACCCGCUCCUUUCAGGACCCAUUAUCACCUCAGUGCCUAUGGACAGGUUUUCCAGCUGAAUUUGAGUGCUGAUGCCAGCUUCAUUGCUCCUCACUACAUUGAGGUGCAUGUUGGGGUUGGAAAAAGGCAUCGCCCCUCAGAUUUGCACCACUGCUUCUACCGUGGGCAUGUCAAUGAACAGGAAACACACACAGCAAUCUUCAGUCUCUGUGGUGGCCUGAUGGGCACAUUUAGAUCCCAUGAUGGUGAAUACUUUUUAGAACCUUUGAUGACAACAGAUGAAGAUGAUCGUGAUGAUGACCAUAACAAACCACAUCUUAUAUAUAGACAUGAAGAACUUAAGAAAGAUUUGUAUCAGAAUUCCUAUAAACCUUGUGAAACUUCAGAGGAGCCAAAAAAAAGCACUUCACUAUUUCCGUAUGAGAGCAGCUUAAUGAACGAUAUAAAUGUUCUUCAAGAGAACACAGCUUUAGAAUAUGUUUCUAAAAAUCUGUCUGUAGAGAAUGAUAGAAACAAUCCACAUUCCCGGAGAAAACGUUUCCUUUCCUAUCCAAGAUAUGUAGAGGUGAUGGUUACAGCUGAUGCCAGAAUGGUUCAGCACCAUGGACGGAACUUGCAGCAUUAUAUAUUGACACUAAUGUCAAUAGUUGCAGCAAUCUACAAAGACUCAAGUAUAGGAAAUCAAAUAAAUAUAAUGAUUGUAAAAUUAAUUGUAGUUCACAAUGAACAGGAAGGACCAGCUAUCAGUUUUAAUGCAGCUACCACUCUUCGUAAUUUCUGUUUAUGGCAACAAACACAAAACAUUCUGGAUGAUACUCAUCCUUCUCAUCAUGAUACUGCAGUUCUUAUCACUAGGGAAGAUAUCUGCAGAGCUAGAGAAAAAUGUGAUACCUUAGGUUUAGCUGAAUUGGGUACAAUGUGUGACCCACUGCGCAGCUGUUCUAUCAGCGAGGAAAAUGGAUUGAGUGCUGCAUUUACAAUAGCACAUGAACUUGGACAUGUGUUUAAUGUUCCUCAUGAUGAUAGUUUUAAAUGUAAGGAAGUUGGAAUGAAACAUCAAUAUCAUGUAAUGGCCCCAACUUUAAACUACCAUUCAAAUCCAUGGACUUGGUCAAAAUGCAGUCAGAAAUAUAUUACUGAGUUUCUAGAUACUGGUUAUGGGGAAUGCCUACUGGACAAACCCAACGGAAGAAUCUAUGACUUUCAGUCACAGUUGCCUGGUUUCCUAUAUGAUGUCAACAAGCAGUGUGAGCUUAUGUUUGGUCCUGGGUCACAAGUAUGUCCUUACAUGAAACAAUGCAAACGUUUAUGGUGUACAAGUGCAGAAGGUAUUCACAAAGGUUGCCGUACUCAGCACAUGCCACUUGCUGAUGGAACAGAAUGUGGCCAUGGAAUGCAUUGCCGCCAUGGGAUUUGUGUCAACAAAGAAAUGGAAAAGCUUCCUAUAGAUGGAGAAUGGGGAUCCUGGGGACCUUACAGUUCAUGUACCAGAACAUGUGGAGGCGGCAUCAAAAGUACAACCAGAUUGUGUAAUCGGCCUGAGCCAAAACAUGGAGGAAAAUACUGUGUGGGUCGCAGGAUGAAGUUUCGAUCAUGUAACACUGAGUCAUGUCCAAAAGGCAAAAAAGAUUUUCGAGAGCAACAGUGCUCUGAGUUUGAUGGCAAACAUUUUAACAUCAAUGGACUAACAUCUACUGUACGCUGGCUUCCAAAAUAUAGUGGCAUUUCUAUGAAGGAUCGCUGCAAGCUUUUUUGCCGUGUUUCUGGCACAACGUCCUACUAUCAGUUGAAAGACAGAGUUGUUGAUGGCACUCCAUGUGGAACAGAUACUCACGAUAUAUGCGUUCAAGGCUUGUGCAGGCAAGCAGGCUGUGAUAAUGUCUUAAACUCCAAGGCAAAAAGAGAUAAAUGUGGUAUCUGUGGUGGUGAUAAUUCUUCAUGUAGGACUCUUGCCGGUACCUUCAACAGUGCUCAUUAUGGCUAUAAUAUUGUAGUAAAAAUUCCUAAGGGAGCAACAAACCUGGACAUGCAUCAGCACAGCUAUUCAGGGAAGCCAGAAGAUGACAACUAUCUUGCAUUAUCAAAUACUCAAGGGAAUUUCUUCCUGAAUGGAAAUUUUGUUGUAAGCCUGUCUAAAAAAGAAAUCAGUAUGUAUGGCGCUGAUUUUGAGUACAGUGGUUCAAACAACACUGUAGAGAGAAUAAAUAGUACUGGUCGGCUUGAAGAAGACAUACUUUUGCAGGUGUUGUGUGUGGGGAAUUUACACAGCCCCGAUGUUCGUUAUUCAUUCAAUAUUCCUGUUGAUGAGGGGAAUGAUCUGUUUACCUGGGACUCGUAUGGACUUUGGCAAGACUGCAACAAAAUGUGUCAAGGCCUUCGCAGGAGGAAGGUUAAGUGCAUACGAAGGAGUGAUCAUUUGGUGGUGUCUGACCAAAGAUGUGAGCACAUAACACUUCCCACAGCUGUAACAGAACAGUGUAACACAGAAUGUGAAUUAAGGUGGCAUAACCUUGGCAAAAGUGAGUGCUCAACUCGGUGUGGUCCAGGGUUUCGGUCUUUAGACAUCCACUGUAUGAAGUACUCUGUUUCAAAGGGACUGAAUGUUCCAGUUGAUGAUAAAUACUGUGCUGAUCAGCAGAAACCAUCAACCCGAGAAGCCUGUCAUGGAGACUGUCUUCAAACAAGCUGGCAUUACACAGGAUGGUCAGAGUGUUCUAGGAGCUGUGGACGAGGUGCAAGAACUAGAGAAGCUUUUUGUAUGAACAACAUUGGCCGUCGGCUUGCAGACAGAGAAUGUCAUGAAAUUCCAAAGAUUGUUACUGAGAGCUGCAAUGAGUUCUUGUGCCCCAGUUGGACUGUUAGCGACUGGAGUGAGUGCCCUGUCACUUGUGGGAAGGGAACAAGGCAUCGACAAGUUUGGUGUCAGCUGAACAACGACCAACUAGAAGACAUUUUCUGCAAUCCAAACUCUAUACCAGAUUCAGUGAGAGCAUGUGAACUUAAUGAAUGUGCAGCUUGGCAAGUGGGACCCUGGGGAGUAUGCUCUGUUACAUGUGGACAUGGAUAUCAGGUGCGUGCGGUCGAAUGUGUUGCUGGCGUUUAUGGAGCUAUUUUCGAUAAUAACAGAGAAUGCACUGCUGCUACUCGUCCGAAAGACAGCCAAGUAUGUGAGAUGUUGGCUUGUCCAGAGACUAUCAAGCUUUGGCCAACAUCACUUCCUGUCAUCCAUAUUGACAAAGCAACUCAAUGGAGAUAUGGAUCAUGGACUCCAUGUUCUGCAUCUUGUGGAAGAGGAAAUCGAGCUCGCUAUGUCAGCUGCCGGGAUGGUCAAGGAGGAGUAGCAGAAGAAUCGUUUUGUGCACAUCUGCCCAGGCCAGAAGAACUUUCAAGCUGCUUUAGUCCCUGUGGUGUUUGGCAAGCUGGAAGUUGGUCACCUUGCACAGUUACAUGUGGUAAUGGAAUAGUAACAAGGCAAGUUGUCUGUGUCAACCACCAUCAACAAAUUGAUGAGAAUUACUGUGAUCCCGAAGGCCAACCUGCAAAAGAACAAGAAUGUAACAUGCCUCCCUGCCAGCCAGUUUAUCGCCAUAUCCCGGAUAUACAUGAACAUCCAAGCCGUCAAGAUUAUCCUCCAAUAGACAAGGUCCAUCAUUCACAUGACAGUAUAAACCCAAGGAACCACCACUCUCCUCAAGGAAACCAGUGGAGAACAGGGCCAUGGGGAGCAUGCUCAAGUACUUGUGCUGGCGGAUUCCACCGCCGGGUUGUAGUGUGCCAAGAUGAGGAUGGAAGAAGUGCAAGCUACUGUGAUGAGACAUUGAAACCACCAGACUCAAGCCAUUGUGAUUCUGGUCCCUGUCCAAGAUGGAACUAUGGGAGCUGGGGAGAAUGUACUCACACAUGUGGCGAUGGAAUAAAGGCACGAUUAGUCAUCUGUCAGCUUCCAAACGGCCAAGUGUUGAAUGAUCACAACUGUGAAAUACUAGAAAAACCACCCAAUACAGCACGGUGUAAUAUACAUUCGUGUCCUGGUGAAGUUUCAUGGCAUCGUGGACCAUGGAAAUCGUGCUCGGUGUCCUGUGGAAAGGGUUUAAAGGACCGCGAAAUAUACUGUGUCAACAAUGUCCAAAUUAAACUAGGGGAUGAGGCGUGCAAACAUUUAAGGAAACCUCGAAGCCACAAAGCUUGCAGAGCUGUCAGAUGUCCCGAAUGGAAGGCCAACAGAUGGACUGAGUGUUCUGCAACCUGUGGGGAAGGCAUUCAACAUCGCAGUGUUUACUGUAGGCUGAGAGGCAGCGGCCGAGUUAAUGAAGUGAUGUGCAAUCAUCUUACCGAACCACCUCGUCAGAGAUUGUGUUGGCUGGCUGCCUGUGCACGCUACGAGUGGUUGGCUGAUGAAUGGCAGGAUUGUUCCCCAUCAUGUCGCAAAAAAGAAACACACCGGAAAGUGAAGUGCGUGAAUGAAAACAGGGUCAAAGUGAAUGAAAGGCUCUGUGAUCCUGCUACAAAACCUCCAUCCAGCAAAAGAUGCAGAGUGGCUGCCUGUAAAUACAUUGUGAUUACAGUUGACUCAUCACAGUGUCCAGCUGGUUGUUAUCUUGAGUACCGGCAGAAGAUCACAUACUGUGUUGAAGCCCAUGAUGCUUGGAACAGCGUUGCCUACGGCCUUCGAGCAGUAGCAUACCAGGAUUGCCCGCUGGUGCCAUCCCCAUUGAUUCAAAAAUGCCAUGUGAAGUCUUGUCUACAUGCUGCAGCUUGGAAAGUAGGAAAAUGGAGUCAGUGCUCAGUGCCUUGUGGAAUGGGGACAAAAGAAAGAAGAGUAGAAUGCAUGACACAAAAUGGUUUAUCCAGUGACUUGUGUCCAUCACAUUUAAAACCUACAGCUAGACGAAUAUGUCACACAAAAGAUUGUGAGAUGAUAACCAGCUGCAAAGAAAUCCAGAUUAGAAAAAAGAUCCAGAACGAUGGUGAAUUCUUGCUUAAUGUUAAGGGGAAAAUGAUAAAGAUUUAUUGUUCAGACAUGUCGCUAGAAAAUCCCAAAGAAUAUUUAACGUUGGCUAAAGGGGAAGCAGAUAACUUUUCAGAAGUAUAUGGAUACCGGCUGCAAAAUCCAUACGAGUGUCCAUUUAAUGGAAGUCGACGUCAAGACUGCAUGUGCAGAAAUGACUACCCUGCAGCUGGCUACACCAUUUUUAGAAAAAUAAGAAUUGAUCUCAGUUCUUUGGAAAUCAAAACUACCGACUUCCGCUUUGCUCACAUCAUACUUGGGAAGCCCGUUCCUUUUGCCACAGCUGGAGACUGCUAUAGUGCGGCUAGGUGCCCACAGGGACAGUUUGGCAUCAAUUUGGCAGGGACUGGACUGAGGCUGUCCCCUACGGUGAAAUGGAUUGCUCAGGGAAAUUAUGCGACUGUUCAGAUACAUAAAUCUCGAGAUGAUACUAAAAUAUAUGGAAGAUGUGGAGGAUUCUGUGGGAAAUGUAUGCCUAAUGGACACACUGCUCUCCAACUUCAAAUGCAAUAAAAAUAAUAAUCAGUGACUUUUUCCCCAUAAGGAUCAUAUUGAAGGUGCUGUUAUUAUCUCAGUUCUUUCAGCUUUGUAAUGUUAAUUUACUCAGAACUCAUCCUCCUAUGCUUU